AUGGGUGGAAGUGAUCGUGAAUAUGGUUCUGGACACUCUCAAGCUUAUGAUUCUGCAGGUCUCAACGUUCAAGCUCUCUCCCUUCUCCAUCCCCAAACCUUGAUAGCCAUGGCUCAAGGUUUCAUGGCCUCAGUGAAAACUACUAAGUAGCAUCUGCACUCACCUGGUCAAAUGCUUGAUUUAGGCUGUAAUCCAACACACAAUUACUUACCUGGAAGUAAGUCACAAUGAGGUCAUCUAGCCUUACAUUUCAGUAGACAUGUAUAGGAUUGCACUGCCAGUUUGUUGUCAGCUCUGGUGUCCAGAGAAGUAGCUCCACUAGCACUAGAACUUCUGUUUGUGUACAGAACAACCCUUGCUGCUUCUCUCCUUGUGCCUGCUCCACAGAUCUGCUCCGGAGGGUGAACAACAGAAAAUAAGACAGAACCCUUUCUCUACCAUUUACAUGUGAAGAGAACAUCUUGUUAAGGGCCACCCCAAUCUCUGCCAAGUGGUGUGAGGUUCCAGGAGUCUUCGCCCUUAUUCAGGGUUCAUGUUUCCGUUGGAAAAAUGAGGCGCAUUGGAGUCUUUAAGAUAAUAUGGUUUUACUUACACAUAUAUUCACCUUAACCUUGAUGAAGGGAGUGCAGAGGGUGAAUGUAUUUUUUGCCAACCUUUCAGGGCAAAGUCUUCCCAUUACAGCUUUCAAAAACUAGCUUAUGACCACAAUAUCUAGUGAUGGCUUCGAUAGCUUAGGGGACCAACUGCAACCGCUGCAGAUAAAAGUUUUCAUAUGACAGUUUCAGUCUCUGCACUCAUUUCACAAGUCUGUGCCAACUCAUCCAACAGGGAUUCAGACACCAUUAGGAGAAUGUGUGAGGGGAUCCAUGUAGGAUAGUAGCCACUUUGCUCCUCUUCCCUCUGCUGUUGCAGUAGUGGGAGAUAAACCAUGGUUUGGCUUAAUGUUACACCUGAACUGGCCUUGUAGUUUUUUCACUGCAAACAAACUGCAAGCUGUAACACAGCUCUCCAACUUCCAUUCUUGCCAGCUCAUUUAUUGUGAGCUGCGUCUUCUUGCCAGGGUUAGGAAUGCAGAUCCAUCACCAUCCUUCCUCCCCCCCCCCUUCUUUUCUUUUUUUCAAAGAACUAGCAUUGCAUUUGAGUUCAGGUGAGAUUUUGCAAGUACAGCAUCUUCAUUCCCCCCCACACUUAAUUUAUUUAUUAUUAAUGUUGCAAUACAUAUAUGAAAUCUUUACAUAUUGAUACGUAUACAUUAUAUUCGUAAAUUCACAUUUUCACAUUUCUUUAUGUACCAACAUUUAUCCAUUUCUUAUUUCUUACUCUGCGUCUUCCCUCCACCUGUACGUGACUUUCUUGUUAUUAUUUUGUAACUUUAUUAUUGAGAUUGUGAUUUUGUAUCUUAAUAAUUAAAUAUUCAAUCUUAUAUAUCUGCUUAGCUUAGCUUACCGUAUUUUUCGCUCUAUAAGACGCACCAGACCAUAAGACGCACCUAGUUUUUGGAGGAGGAAAACAAGGAAAAAAAUUAUUCUGAAUCUCAGAAGCCAGAACAGCAGGAAGGAUUGCUGUGUAGCGAAAGCAGCGAUCCCUCUCUCUGUUCUGGCUUCUGGGAUAGCUGCGCAGCCUGCAUUCGCUCCAUAAGACGCACACACAUUUCCCCUUACUUUUUAGGAAAUACGGUAACUUAACUUUGUGAAAUCAGUCUAUACAUAUCAAUAAAUUCUUGUUGGAGCAUCUUUUGGUCAUGUAUUCUUCUACACAUUUCCUUUCCUGUUUGAGAUUUUGAUUAGAUUGCAUUCUAACUGUUGCCGUCAUUUUUGCUAAUUCAAUCAUUUCAAAAAAUUUAUUUUGCCAAUCUUUCAAUGUUGGUACUUCUUCUGAUUUUCUCUCCCCUUUUUUAAAAACUAUAUUUUUCCCUUAAUAUUUUUAUAUUAUUAUUAUCCUCUCCAUCUUCUAUUACUUGAUACAUAAACGUCUCCCCUUUCAUAUAUUUUAACCCCCUUUUAAAAAAUCAACCCUUCCCCCCUUCCCUAAGUCUUCAGCCAUUUACUUAAUUAUUAUUACUACCAUUUUUAAUUAAUAUUAAUAUUACUACCAUUUUUAAAAUACAUCCAUAUAUUACUUAAAACACACUUUCCACCCCACCAAAAAAGGAAAAAUAUCGGCGAUUAAAAUGAAUGUGUUGCCAAAAAUGCUAUUUCUUUUUCAAUCAAUACCAGUCAUCCUGAAAGAUGAAUGUUUUAAAAAAUGGCAGAAAGAGAUUUCAAAAUUUAUUGGGGGGGGGGGGCAAAAGGCCAAGGAGAAAAUAUAAAAUACUUACAGACAUAAAAGACAGAGGUGAUCAAAGGGAAAGUGAAAUUACUGAAGGCCGCAUACAGCAUACUAUUAGAAUGGGAGACGAAAGAUGAAGAGGUAGAAUCAGUUAUGAUUAAAUGGGCACAAGAUGUAGGUCACAAUAUUAUGAUGGAAGAUUGGGAAAAAUUAUGGAAAACUGAUUUAAAAUUUACAGAUUGUUCCCUAUUGAAGGAAAAUUAUAUGAAGAUGAUGUACAGAUGGUACAUGACACCAGUGAAGUUAGGGAAAAUGUAUAAAACUAGUUCAAAUAUAUGUUGGAAGUGUAAGGAAAAGGAGGGGACAUUUUAUCAUAUGCGGUGGGAUUGUAAUGUAAUUAAAAAUUUUUGGGAAAUGAUAUACAACGAAUUAAAGAAAAUGUUUCAUCUAACAUUUGUUUAAAAAACUUGAAGCAUUUUUGUUGGGGAUUGUAGGGAAAGACCUGCCAAAAAAGUUGAAAAACAUAUUCAUGUAUGCGACAACGGCCGCGAGAGUCCAAUAGCACAAGGAUGGAAGACUGAAGAAACCCCAACUAAAGAAUCGUGGCAAGAAAAAUUGACGGACUAUGCAGAACUGGCAAAACUGACAUAUAAGCUACGGGACAAGGAUAACUGUGACUUUAAGGAUGAAUGGGAACCCUUUACAAAGUAUCUGAAGAAGCAACAAAGUGAACUGGACUCCUUGGCUGGUUUUGAAUAAACAUUCACAAACUUUUUAUUGAUAAUAAUCAGCUAAAUAGUUUGAGGUUCUAUACAACUUUGUAACAUGCAGAAAACAGCAUUCUUAGAGAAACCAAAGACUGGAACUGAGGGAAGUCGGGGGGGGGCUAUGUGGGAGGAUGGGGGGAGGGAGGAAAAAUGGGGGGGAAACAAGGAUGAUAUGUUUUUGGAUAAUAUGUUUUGUUUUAAUUUUGAAUUUAAAAAUUCAAAAGGGGGACACUUUCUUUUGUUGUUGUUGUCCUCUUUCCUUUCCAAUAUAUUUUAUCUUCUUCCACCUCACCGUGCCACACACAUUUUAAAAAUCUUUCUUGAUGUACCACCCAAGCAUGGGAUUGUUCUUUGAGCCCCCCGACACGGGGCAAACUUGAGUCAAGCUAGCUCUCCCCUUUCUUGACAGCAGUGUCCUGUUCCUCAUACCACAAUCCCCAAUUUCCACUGGGGUCAGAAAAAGUUACUCCCAAGUAGAGCUAUUUAGGAGGCUCAGGCCCGAAGGUGCACUUUCAUGAGCAGGAGGCCUCUUUCUGACUUAGGGAAAUAUUCUUGCAUGAGAAAAGACCAAAAGGACAGUGUGUCUAGAGAUGUAUUUAUUUAAGUAAUUCUUUUGCCUGUAUAAUUCUAAGCACCAUAUCAUGGGUUCCCUGGUGGUCUCCCAUCUGGGCACCUCAGGACACCUGCCAAGUGUCCCUAUUUUCAAGGGACAGCCCCAGAUUUACAGAAGCCAUUGUGACACCUCCCUCUGCUGGCUCACUGGUCACCAGAGUGCAAAAAGGCCUGGUGAACUCCUGUGGUUGGAUCAUUUCACGUUUGUUCCAGGAAGAAGAUAGACAUGUAAGUAGGAUUUCUCUCAGCAUCUGCAUUCUGUGAUGAUAGUGAAUUCCUCUUGAGCUUAGAGGCAUGAGAGAGUACUAACUGUAAGCCCCAUUUCUCUUUCUUUUCUAGGCUUUCCAGGCUGCGAAGAGCUAUUUCAAGGGUGGCGAGAAAAAAUAAAGUUUGCCCUGUCCCAGAAUCCUCCCCCCCGCCCACCCCUCCCCCUCCGGCCCCUUUUCCAAAGGACCACAAAGGUAAAACCUUUCAGCAUAUAGAUGCUGCUUCCAGUCCCUAAGAUUUCUUAGGAAAGAGAAGAACUUGCAUGGGAUGGGGGUAGGCCAAGGCUUUGAAAAUGGUAUAGGUGCAAUAUACUCUGAACAAAAGGCUAAAUUAAUUGUAAAUAAUGUGGUCACGGAAGAAUUUUAGAUAGAAAAAGGGACACGACAGGGGUGCCCAAUUUCCCCACUGCUUUUUAUAUCGGUCCUGGAGGUUUUGCUAAACAUGAUUAGAAAGGACCGGUUGGUUAAGGGCAUACAGGUCGGACUUAAACAGUACAAACUGAGAGCAUUUGCAGAUGAUCUAGUAUUGACGCUACAGGAGCCAGAAUCUAGUACUAAAAGAGUUUUAGAAUUAAUUCAGGAAUUUGGUCAGGUGGCAGGUUUUAAAUUGAACAAGUCAAAAACUAAGGUUUUAGAGAAAAACUUAACACCGAUUGAAAGAGAGAGGUUUCAGAAUGAGACAGGAUUGAAUGUGGUAAAGAAAGUGAAAUACUUGGGGAUUAAUAUGACAGCCAAAAAUGGGAACUUAUUUAAAGAUAAUUACGAAAAAUGUUGGACGGAAGUGAAAAAAGAUUUAGAAAUUUGGUCAAAUUUGAAACUCUCGCUGCUGGGCCGUAUUGCUGUGAUAAAGAUGGAUGUAUUGCCUAGAAUGUUGUUUUUGUUUCAGACAUUACAAAUUGUAGAUAAGAUGGACUGUUUCAAGAAGUGGCAGAGAGAUAUUUCUAGAUUUGUCUGGCAGGGCAAGAAGCCCAGAAUAAAAUUUAAGAUAUUAACUGAUGCCAAGGAAAGAGGUGGAUUUGCCCUGCCAGACCUUAAACUUUAUUAUGAAUCAGCAGCUUUUUGCUGGCUGAAAGAAUGGCUACUUCUUGAAAACACAGACAUUUUGGAUUUAGAAGGUUUUAACAAUGUAUUUGGAUGGCAUGCAUACUUAUGGUAUGAUAAGGUCAAAGCACACAAAGCAUUCAAAAACCAUAUUGUUAGGAAAGCAUUGUUUAAUGUUUGGAUAAGAUACAAAGAUUUAUUGGAAAAUAAAACCCCAAGGUGGCUGUCACCAAUGGAAGCAAAAGCUCUGAAAAGGCUCAAUAUGGAGGCCAAAUGGCCGACAUAUUGGGAAAUUUUGGAGCAAGAAGGAGAUAAAUUGAGAUUACAGAGUUUUGAAAAAUUAAAAAUAAAGUGAGAGAUUGGCUUCAUUACUAUCAGAUAAUGGAGGCAUAUAAUUUGGAUAAGAAAAUAUGCUUCCAAGUGGAAAAGUCAAAAUUAGAAACAGAAUUGUUAGAACCCAAAACUAAAAAUUUGUCAAGAAUGUAUAAUUUGCUGUUGAAAUGGAAUACUCAGGAUGAAACGGUGAAAUCUGCUAUGAUUAAAUGGGCACAAGAUGUUGGACAUAAUAUUAUGUUCGCUGACUGGGAACAGUUAUGGACCACAGGUAUGAAGUUUACGGCAUGUAAUGCCUUAAGAGAGAAUAUUAUGAAAAUGAUAUACAGGUGGUACAUGACCCCAGUCAAGCUUGCAAAAAUUUAUCAUUUGCCCGAUAAUAAAUGUUGGAAAUGUAAAGAAACUGAAGGUACAUUCUUUCACCUUUGGUGGACGUGCCCAAAGAUCAAGGCUUUCUGGGAAAUGAUAUAUAAUGAACUGAAAAAGGUAUUUAAAUAUACCUUUCUGAAGAAACCAGAGGCCUUUCUUUUGGGCAUUGUCGGCCAACUGGUGCCAAAGAAGGACAGAACCUUUUUCAUGUAUGCUACAACAGCAGCAAGAAUACUUAUCGCAAAGUAUUGGAAGACACAAGAUCUACCCACUUUGGAAGAAUGGCAGAUGAAGGUGAUUGACUACAUGGAAUUGGCAGAAAUGACUGGCAGAAUCCGAGACCAGGGAGAAGAGUCGGUGAAGGAAGACUGGAAAAAAUUUAAAGACUAUUUACAGAAAUAUUGUAAAAUUAAGGAAUUUUAGAAGGAUGUCAGAUAGAAACUAAGAGGUUUUUAGCUGUAAUGCUUUUAAGAGACAUAAAAAAAAAAAGGUUAACAAUUGGGUAAAAGAUUAAUGGUAAGGAUUUGCUGAACCAACAAACUGAACUGGAAUACAAAGAAGGGAGGUAUGAGGAGGUCCGGGAAAUAAGAGCAAGGAAGAUAGGUUAUGGAAAAUUAUUGUGCUUUUAACUGUUUUAUUUUGUAUGUUUUUCCUUAUUUUCUACGUUUUUGUUAUAUCUUAAAACCUUAUACUUUUUUCUUUAUUCUGUAUUUUCACGUAUUUUUUGAAACUUUAAUAAAUAUCAUUAUAAAAAAAAAAAGAUUUCUUAGGAAAGGUCUCUGUCUGAGGCCUAUUUUGAGGUUUAGAUAAUCAUAUCCCAUGUGGGCUCUUUGUUUCCCUGUAGGCUCCACGUACUUCCUUGCCGCCUCAGGUGAAAGAGAAAGAAAGUCAUCCUGAAGGUAAUGUCUAUUUCCAUAUAUAUGUUCAGUGUAUAAGACAGUCCCUAAAACACAUAUAAUUGCUAGCCUUCUCUUCUUUUCCAUUUAGAUGACAUAAUCCUUGAAGACCUGGAGGCAGAGCAGGGGCAGGACAGCUUUGAUACUGACACAACGAGCCACAGAACCUGA